GCAGCAUCGCCAAAGUAUAUAUUGAAGGGGUAUUUUUCAACAGCUAAAGAAAAAAUGAGCAUAGCUUUUAGAGAGGUUUUUAAAGAAUUUAGCACAGUCACUAAUGACAACAGUAGUUUGAUCAGAAAAGAUAGAAUUUCAGAUGCUUUCCAUCUAGGUGAGAAAUUGCUCUUAUCAAGCAACAAUAUGAGACCAAAGUCUAGAUCAAAAACAUCAUUGGGAAGCUGUGAACUUUUUAGAGUUUCGCCUGAAUGGAGACUUCAGUAUUCAAAUUCAGCUUCAGCCAAAAUAAUUAGGCAUACUACAGGAGAUGUCUUGAUGAAAGGUCAGUUGGAAAUCCCAAGUUCAAUUUCAACCAAGGAUAUUAAAAAUGACUUGAACAGUAAUGCUUUGGAUAAACCAGAAGCUUUAAAUGAAGCGCUAAAAAAAGGCAGAAGAUCAAGAAAAAGAAAUUGCUCAAAUGGUAAAAAUAAAAAAGGCAAACAUGGAUGCCUGCUUACUGCAGCAACUGGUUUACAUGACAAAACAUCAUCUGUACAUAGCCGGCAGAUUUUAACUAAUACUCAGCAUGAAAAACCAAGCCGUAUAUCAAGCGAGCCACCCAGUAAGGUUUCACAAGGUUCUGUUUUGUCAAACACUCAGCAAGAUCCAGGAAAUGGUUUGGCACAAAAACGUGUAUAUAAUGUACCCUUUUCUAAUAAAAAAAUGCACGAUAUAUAUCCUAUUCGUGUAGCUAGUGCUAAAACUAACUCAAGUUCACUGCCUUCAACUCACUAUAUACAUGGUAAUUUAACUUGCAAUCCAAUUGUAAAUAACCUUAACUCUGCUAGUUGUUUAGAAUCUGCAGACCAGCCUGUAAUGAUAUAUAAACUAGAUAUAAAUAAAAGAGUGAAAUCAGCAUCAAGCUUAAAGUUGGAUGUAGCAAAUAAACCUAGUAAAGAGAAGGAUGACACUGAAGUUGUAUUCAAAAACAGUGAAGAAAUAUCUGUGAAUGCCGUCUCAUGUAACUUACAGCUGUCACACAAGCUAAACAAAUCUGUAAUAAAAUACCAGCAAAAGAAUUUAUAUUCAACCCAAGGGCUUUCAGCAGACUCUGUCUCAAAAGAAGCUGUUUUGACAUCUAUUUAUGGUGCAGUUUAUCAUACGGCUGACAAGGUGUCUGCUCAGGCAGAAGAACUAAAAAAAGUGAAGAAGAUAUUUUUGUCUGAGAAGCAGUCCGGUACUAUAAGAGAGAGUGGUAUGGAAUUUCCAUGUGCACCCCCAGCCACACCCACACCAGAUUUGCUUAGGAAGCAUGAAUAUGUUCCAAGUAUGAGUGAUAUUAGGUCUCAGAGGGCUGUAAAGAGCCGGUUGCAAGUGAUGGAGAAAGAAGCUCUCAAAAAACAAGAAAAGCAAAAAGAGGCCAAUGCUAAACUAGAAAAACAACAACUGAAAGACAAAGAAAAACAGAUGAAGGCUAAACAAAGGAAAGAGAUAUAUGCAUUGAACAAAAUUAUGACAGAGCUGGAAAACAAAAGAUUCAUGGACUUUUGUCAAGCAAAAGGAUUGAAUAAAUUAUAACAGCAAUUUUCAAAUUACAAAGAUUAUUAGGAGUUUAUUUGUAACAUUAUUCCAUAAGGCUGUCAGCCCAUCAUGGCAUAGCAAGCAUACACAAAAAUAAGACAGUGAAAACAUAUACAUAAUUACACUGAGCUUAAUUUGGAGAAGGUCAGACAAUCAGUUUUUACAAACUUUUUCAUUUAACAUCAUUUAAUCCUCUCACAAUGUUUCUGUUAAUUACAUGGACUAUAAGUUAUAAUAUUAAAACUGCUUUAGCAAGUUAAUUUUGUUACAGAAAAAAAAAAUGUUCUGCUUCUACAUGGUAAAAUAAUUUUGUUUUCAAUGCUGAAGCAAUGAAAAUUGUUAAAAUCGGUUUCAAUGGGAAAUACCUAGACUGGCUCCCAUCCCUAUGUUUGUUCUUAUUUUAUACAUAUAUAUGUUUUUUAGUUAAGAGGGAAGUAACUCCAGCAGGUUGUUUCUACAUUGACUUUUUUUAUUGCCCCUGGCUCCGAACAUAGGAUGAACAUGUAUGGUUCAGCCAUCAGAUAAAAUGUGCUAUUUUAGAGGCUUAAGAUUUUCUUAUUUUUUUUUAUUUUGCUUGCAGUAUUUAUAUAAAAAAUAACCAUGCAGCCAGGGAAACAGGCUAGGAAAUACCUUGAAGCCUCUAACUGUUGUCUGUGGUGGGGGGGGGGGGGCAUAAAAAUACUACUACUGGCAUAGAACAGCUAUACAGUUACUGGAACAGACCCAGAGAGAGAGAGUAGAAACUACUCGCACCCUAGGUAGCUUCAGAGGUGAUGGCCAGUUUACCAGCAUGCAAUCAAUAAAAAGCAAUAAAUCACUUGUAACAAUACUGAUAAGCUAAGGCCAGAGUUUCCUUGAUGCAGGAAUUAAUGAAUAACAUAAUUUAAAAUGAUAGUGUGCUGUUUAUAUAGACUUACAAAGUCUGUUGAGAUCAAAUAGUCUGUAAGGACUGAUGCCAGUCUACUGUUUAUAGUGAAGGCAUGUGCAUUUUACUGCAUGUCUUUUAAAUUUGCCCAUAUUUUUCAGGAAACUUGAUAUAUGGAUAUAAGACAUCCACGUUAAUCAAUUUUGUGCAAAAAUUAGUUAAAAACUAUGACAAUAAAAUGGGUCCUAUCAUUAGAAUAUAAUUCAAAGCACAGAAUAAAUUCCAUGAGGAAAUUUUAUAAUAAGAAGACUAUAUUGAAAAUACCUGUAGAUGCUAUUUAAUUUUCUAACUAUAUGCUUGCCUGUCCAUCAGUCAAAUAAGGUAGAACUUGCUACGACUUUAUAAAAAAAAAAACUGUUUUAUAAAUAGAUGGCAGUCUGAAGAAUAUGCUUAUCCUUAUAUUUCAUCCAUACUGGUUGAGAACCCGUUUCCGGACAGGACCAGUUUCCGGACACAUGUAAUAUCCGCUUUAUUUCGUUGUUAUUCAUGUAAUUGUUUUAUCUAGAUCAUUUAGAUGUUUGUUCUUCAUGUCUACAACAAAUCACUAUUUUAUAAGGCUGUAUAAUGUUUGGGUUUUGGAUGAUAACUAACCUGCAUUUACAAAACAACUUUCUGUCUUAACGGGGCAUGAAGAUAGCAUUGCGCAUGCGCAGUAGUUCACACAUGCCGAGGUAUCAAGUGGGGAAGAAAUAAUCAAACUACAUAAUGAUUGUCUGGUGAUAACAUGUUCUACUUUUAAUUUCACGCUAAAAGUUACGUAAGAUGCAGGGCUGUCGAUUUUUGCACUAAUUUUAUUCUAUAUCUAUUGGAAUUAUCAAGAAUUCGUAUAAGACGAAAUUCGAGUUUUUUAUAGUCAACCUCGGUUUGCUUUCGUAGCUGCUAUUGAACGUCGGUAUAUGUUUCAUGUGCAAAUUUGAAGAGUUGAAUGAUAAAAAGAGGUGUAGAAAUAGUUUAAUUACUUAUUUUGAUAUCAAAUUAACAACAAAACACCGUCAAAAUAUUUGUCCGGAUACUGGUUUACCUGACGGGAAAAAUAACUUAUUUUAGUGACCCCAUUUGAGGCCCCAUGGAACCUAUAUUUUACAUCACAACACGAUGCUGAUUACAACAUCGGAUGUGGAAGGAGCUGAAGUUUGUGCUGUGUGGGCUUCAUUUAUUUCAAAUAUUUUUUUAGGGAAUAAUGGAGCCGAAAUAUGAAAAUGUGUCCGGAAAAUGGUUCCCAACCAGUAUAUUAAGUAUGUCUGUGUGUCUGUCAUUUACUGAAGACGGAAUCUGUAAUAGCAUGUCCUUGAAAUGGCUAAAAGAACCAUUUUCAGAUUGAACCUGAUCUUGUUUAAAUUAUGCAUGCCGAUGUACCAUGUACAGGUUUUUAAUAAAAUUUUAUUCAGUUC